AUGGGUGUCAAAGGUCUUUGGUCAUUGCUCAAUCCGGUCUCUAGACCUGUCCAGAUAGAGAGUAUGGAAGGUAAACGAUUAGCGAUCGAUAGCUCCAUCUGGCUUUAUCAGUUCCAAGCGACUAUGCGAGACAAGGAUGGUAGAGUACUGGUCAACGCACAUGUGCUAGGUUUCCUACGGCGUAUAAACAAGCUGCUAUUUCAUGGUAUCAAACCUGUAUUCGUGUUCGAUGGAGGUGCACCAGCUUUGAAGAGAGCUACGAUCGCCGAGCGAAAGAAGAAGAAAGCUGGAGCCGCUGCGAAUCAUGCUAAAGUAGCUGAGAAGCUGUUUGCUGCUCAGAUGAGGCGAGAGGCUGUCAAAGCUGCUCAGGCGAUCGAAGAACAAAGAGCUGCUCGAAGUGCUGCCUCUGCGAAUCAAUAUCCCGAUGAAGCAGGUGAACAGAUAUCAGAGAAUGCGGUAUAUUUAGAUGAGCUGGAAAGUGGAGCAGGACCAUCUCGACCUCGACCUCAACCUAUUGAACGAGCAUCAUCCUCUUCCACAUCCGUUAGACCGUCGACACCCGUAGGAUUUGGAGAAGUACCUACCGAUCCUGAAAAACGUCGAAAACACUUCAAGAAGCAUGAUCCCUACCGUUUACCUGAAACUACUAUGCCUUCCGUUUCCACUACCGAGCGGCCAGAUGCGAGACUGGCGACGGAAGAGGAGUUGAAGCAAUUUAUAGAUGAAGUUUCGCCUGAUGAUAUCGAUAUAGAAUCUGCGGAAUUUAGAGCAUUGCCUACCGAAGUUCAAUAUGAAAUCAUAGGAGAUUUGAGGAUAAGGUCAAGACAACAAUCACAUAGGAGAUUGGCAGAUAUGCUUAGAGCAGCACCAUCCGCUUUGGAUUUCUCAAAGGCUCAAAUCAAACACCUUUCACAGCGGAAUGCAUUAACUCAACAACUUUUGACUGUAACGGAUAUGGUUGGAAAGGCGCACUUGACGAUACCUGUUAGGAUAGCUGCGGAACGAAAUAGGGAAUAUGUAUUGGUGAAAAGAGGUGAAGAUGAAGGUGGAGGAUGGGCUUUGGGUAUCAGAGAGGGUUCGAAAGAGAAACCUAUUCAAGUAGAAGAGGAUGAACCGAAAGUUGAAAGUGAAAGUAGCAGCGGAAUUAGUAGUGAUGAUUCGGAUAUAGAGGAGAUAGAUAGUUCCAAACCUGCUGUGGUUGAUAGUGACCUCCGAAAACAUCGCCGGCGAGAAAUCCUAGAAGCCAUCGCACGUAGGUAUGCACCUGCUCGACCAGCUCGGAAAUCGCUUGACGUGGCUGUCAAACCAUUUGGUGCAAGCAGACAAGCAGGAUCGAAACCUUUGUUCGAUGAUGCCGAAGAAGAAGAGGAAAAAGAGGUGGUGCCUACUGCGAAUGAUGAGGCUUUAGCUUUGGCCCUGCAGCAAGAAGAACUUGGCUCAGACGAAGAAGAAGUUGAUGUUGAUCUUGCUAGGGCUUUAGCGCUAAGUAGGGUAGAGAAGGAAAGAAGGGAGAGAAGUGUGACUGAAGAAGCGGAUUGGGAAGUUCAGGAAGACGAUGAGGAUAUGGAAGAAGUUGAUUUGGUGCCGAGCGGCGCUACUACACCUGUACAUGACCAGAGGGAUACGGCAACACCGCUAGAGGAACAUGAUGAUGAUGAUGAAGACGACGAGUUCGAGGAGGUUGCCACGGACUACGCACCUUCAAGGUCACAAUCCCUCACCGAUAUACCUUCUGCUAUUCCAACAGAUCAAUACGAUGACGACGUUCCAAUCAUCACCGCUAGGCAGAACGCUGCCAGAGCGAAGCCUGAUGGUGUGGCAGAACAUAAACCAAUCCCAGCGGAUGUGAUCGAGAUUGACGGUGAUGAGGAGGAAGACGAUGCGCCGCUGUUCCCCGCUAUCAAUCAAGGACCUAGCUCUACAGAAGUCUCGGACCCAUCGCAGAGGCAAAGGGAGAAAACAACCCAUUCAACGCUAUCGCAAGCAUCUCCUCAGCAAAUCGAAGUGGACGAUAGUGGAGACGAUUUCCAGAUCAUACCGGAACUACAACCACAUCUGCUGCCUUCUACGCCGUCCCCGAAGGUGCCCUCACCUGUGACUGGAACCUCCCUUCCAGCGAAUCAAGCGUCAUUGUCCACCCAUAAACCUUCUCCCACAGCUCCAUCUGCUCCCAAACAGCCAUCUUUAGCUCCUGUCAGAAACCCGAUUCAACGUAUGCCCUCAGCUACAGUCAAGCCUUCACCCUUGAGGAGAGUCACUCAACCUGCUUCCUCACCUAUCUCCAUUGAAACCGAAGAUGAGAUAGCACAUGCUCCAGCUUCAGCUCCAGCUUUGCUACCCGCAUCAGCUCAGCAAUCAACGAUAAAUAUGGCACAGCGGCCUGUUUCACCGGUCCAAACGCUUCCUGAUAUACCUUUAGUCGCUUCACCUUCGCCUUCCCUAGCUCCAACCGAUCGACCCAGUAUAUCCGCAUCGCCCGCUCCAGCUCCACCGCUAUUCACUCAUGCCGAAUCGACCUCAUCAGAAGGCGGAGAGGACAUAGACGAUUCCAGAUCGAUAGAAUGGUCACCUUCCCCUCCACCUGUACCCAGACCCGCACUUCAGCCUACCGAUUCGGCCACGACGAUCCCAUCGGAAGUGGAAGAUCAGGAUGGCGAUCUGACCACGGGAGAUAUGGCAGCUGAAGAAGAUGACUACGCGAGGUUCUUGGCUCAGAUCAAAGGACGUGAUUUGAAUGAGGUCAGGACGGAGAUCGAUGAUGAGAUUAGGGUUUUGAAUAGUGAGAAUCGAAAUGCGAUGAGGGAUUCGGAUGAGAUAACGCAGAGUAUGGUUACCCAGAUUCAGACCCUUUUACGACACUUUGGUAUCCCCUAUAUAACAGCACCAAUGGAAGCCGAAGCGCAAUGUGCCAAACUUGCAGAGCUCGGUCUGGUCGAUGGAAUAAUCACAGAUGAUUCAGAUGUAUUUCUCUUCGGUGGUAUACAGUGUUUCAAGAAUAUCUUUAACGAUGCGAAAUACGCUGAAUGUUUCUUAUCAUCUGAUAUCGAACGUGAACUUUCCCUUACUCGAGAUCGACUCAUCUCUCUAGCAUAUUUGUUAGGAAGUGAUUAUACGAUUGGAUUGCCUGGUGUAGGACCUGUGGUAGCCUUGGAACUUUUAGCGAAUUUCCCUGGAGAGAGGGGGAUAGAUAAUUUUAAAGAUUGGUGGAUUAGGGUUCAGAGGGGUAUAGAUAACUCGAAGGAACUGGAUACGAAAUGGAAAGUGUCAUUUAAGAAGAGGUACAAAGAUAGUAUAUACCUUACGGGAGAUUGGCCGAAUCCUUUGGUGAGAGAAGCCUACAAAUAUCCUACGACUGAUGAAUCGGAGGAACCUUUCCAUUGGGGUUUUCCAAAGUUAUCAGCUUUGAGAACAUUCCUACACGAAGAGUUGUCCUGGUCAAUAUCUAAAGUCGAUGAUGAAUUGACACCGAUCGUACAGCGUAUAGCACGUAGAGGUAAAGUUGGAGCAUUGAACAAGCAAUCCACUCUGCUUCCAUUCUUCGAUGUAUCAGUCGUAACGGGUAAUUACGCCCCUCGACGUCGAACUACAGCAAAUGUCUCAAAGAGGUUGAUGAGUGUCAUCAAGUCUUUCAGAGAGGCCGAGGCGAAGAUCAAGGGUGAAGAUGUUGGCGAGAUGGGAUGGGGAGAAAUGAUGGUCGGUCUAGAUGAAGAGGAUCCAAAGGGGAAAGGAACAGGAAAGAGAAGGAAGACGACUAUGGAUAGUGAGAAUGGGUCUCAAGAUGGGGAUGGACAAGUGAAGAAGAGAAGAAUGAGUAGUGCGAGUGUCACGUCGAGAGGAGGCGGGAGGAAGAGGGCCGGUACGAAUGGUUCGGCUGUUAGUGUAGCCACAAGUGAGGGGUCGACUGAGAGUGGGAUGAAUAGUGCUGGGACAGGUAGAGGUAGAGCGAGAGGGAGGGGUAGAGGAAGAGGGAAAGGGAAGGGGAAAGUGUCAGAAGUGCAGGACGUUUGA